AGUUUGGACGGGUUAUUAAGAAAAAGUUUAUCAAAGGAUCGAAAUACGCAAAAUGCUCGACAUUCUUGCAUUUAUUUUUAUCCUUGUACAAGUUGUAACAGCACAAGUCAUCCCGUAUGGAGCCAACACAGCGGGAACGGCCAACGUUGCUGGUAUAUACCAACUGAACACUAUCUCUGGAUUGCCUAUAAGCAACGGAGCGACCAACAACUAUAAUGCAGCAAUAACUUCAAAUGCCAUCAACGAAAGAAUAGCAACUGAAAAUGCUGCAAACGCCAGAGCCAAUGAUGCUUCAAAUCUUAUAAAUCUAGCUGGUAAUAAGAUAUCUAGCGUGAAUGGUAACGUAGCCACUUUUGAUCUUGGGGGUGAUGGUCGGUCCUUUACAAUCACCAGUGGCUCCCCUGGACCUCAAGGCUUCGGAUUCCAAGUCCAAGCUGAUGCUUUGGAGGUGGGUGGUACUGUGAGUGUUAACGGUCAGAUACCGAUCUAUGGCACGGUUUCUGUGAGCGGCAAUGUGCCCACUGAUGGCACGGCUGCUGUCAACUACAGCUGCGGAAAGGCUGGAGCGACGGAUACGGAGUAAAAGAAAUAAGAGUGUAAAUUUAUUUAUUUUAGUGUAAGUGUAAAUUA